GUUGGUGAGCUUGUCGCCUGGUUGUCUUAAGUUCAUUUUGAGUAGUUUCCAUUCUAUACUGUUACUGAAAUAAACACAUUUUGGGGGUUUUGUCUUUAUUAAUCCGAAUUAAUAAAGACUUAAUAAAGAACUACACAGAAACCUGAAUAGCUAUUGCCUUGCUAGCUAACAAAUUACUGAUGCUUUGUACCGUGCUUGAUGGCUAGCUAAAUUUAGAGCUACUAGUAGCGCCACUUUCACGAAGCUAGCCUACUCGGCUAACCACUUUUACUGCAGACUCAACUUGAAACAGCGUAAACACCGUGAGGGAAUGAACCACAAAAGUAAGAAACGAAUCAAAGAAGCGAAACGGAGUGCCAGACCUGAAUUAAAGGAUUCAGUUGACUGGACAAAACAUAACUACAGCGAGACGUUCGAUCUUUCGCUCCGGACAGUGAAGGACAAUGUAGAGAGAGUAGACACCCUGCAUCUGAGCCCCGAAGACUUUGUCCAACGCUUUGAGAAGCCCUAUAAACCUGUCGUCCUGCUCAACUGCCAGGAGUCAUGGCCGGCACGGGAGAAAUGGACCCUAGAGCGCCUAAAGCGCAAGUACCGCAACCAGAAGUUCAAGUGCGGUGAGGACAAUGAUGGCUAUUCAGUGAAGAUGAAGAUGAAGUAUUACGUUGAGUACAUGGAGGCCACUCAGGACGACAGCCCACUCUAUAUCUUUGACAGCAGCUACGGCGAGCAUGCCAAACGCCGCAAACUCCUCGAGGACUAUCAGGUGCCCAUCUUCUUCAGGGACGAUCUCUUUCAGUUUGCCGGGGAGAAGCGCCGGCCGCCAUACAGGUGGUUUGUGAUGGGGCCUGCUCGCUCUGGCACAGGAAUUCACAUCGACCCACUGGGCACGAGUGCGUGGAAUGCCCUGGUUCAGGGGUACAAGCGCUGGUGCCUCUUCCCCACCCACACGCCACGUGAGCUCAUCAAGGUGACCCGAGAGGAGGGUGGCAACCAGCAGGACGAGGCCAUCACCUGGUUCAGCGUGAUCUACCCGCGCACACAGCAAACCACCUGGCCAGCUGAGUUCAGGCCUCUGGAGAUCCUGCAGCGCCCCGGCGAGACAGUCUUUGUUCCUGGUGGCUGGUGGCAUGUCGUCCUCAACUUGGACACCACCAUUGCAGUCACUCAGAACUUCGCCAGUAGCACCAACUUCCCCAUCGUUUGGCACAAGACGGUCCGUGGCCGACCAAAGCUUUCCCGAAAGUGGUACAGAAUUCUCAAGCAGGAGAGGCCUGAUUUAGCUGCUCUGGCAGAUAAAGUAGACCUACAGGAGUCCACGGGCAUUGCUUCGGACAGCUCCAGCGACUCUUCCUCCUCCUCUUCCUCUAGUUCCUCUGAAUCGGACUCAGAGGCAGGAACAGGCUCUGAGGGCGAUGCCAUGGCCCACCGCAGGAAGAAGCGGAGAACCUGUGGGAUGAUGGGAAAUGGUGACAUCACCAGCCAAGAUGACUGUGUGAGCAAAGAGCGUAGCUCCUCACGGUGACAUCCUGCUCCUUGGAGUGCUACCGGAGGGGCUGCAGGUGGCGGAGUCUCCCAAGACAUCUCUCUCUGUGUUUCUCUCUCUCUCUCUCUCUCUCUCUCUCUCUCUCUCUCUCUCUCUCUCUCUCUCUCUCUCUGUCUUUUGCCUCCUCUCUUCUCCUGGUGUCCCUCUGGCUAGUAGAAGUCUGCUGUUGAAGCCUGGCCACUUAGCAAUGUCAACUCUGGUGCGAUGUCUGAAUUUCUGUCACUAAUGUGCUUUUUAGUCAUACAUGAGACAAAAGAAGGAUGGAAUAUCCAAGUUAGUCUUUGCUGGGGCAGGGUUGGCUGUAGUGUGAAUGAGUUGAAGGGAAGAAGAAUGUGUGUGUGUGUGUGUGUGUGUGUGUGUGUGUGUGUGUGUGUGUGUGUGUGUUUGUGUGUGUGUCUUUGUGUGUGUGUUGGCAUCCACUGACAGACUCUUGACUUAUUGUGUGGCAUUGACCUGAACAGACUGUAGUGAUUAUGGACUAGCUGCCAGUGAUUACGUGUUCAUCCUCCACACUCCGCUUUGUCCACUUAAUAAAUGGUGGGGGCUUUUUGAUGUGUGAUGCUGCUGCCUUUAUCUCUGCACAAGAAAGCUUCUACCCCCCCCCACCCCCCAGCUGAUUGUUUUUGUUGUUCUAUCCACAUCAGAUCUUUGUUUCUGCUGUAUGAAUCAUUUCAUAUGAAAGUAGUUUUUUACUGCUAAUCAAUAUUCUAGGGGUGCGUCAUACACAUGGACCCUAACUAGCUUUUUAUACAGGCAGAUCUUUGAUGAUUAAUAUAAUAUAAGACAUGAAUAGUGUUUUGCCUAUAUAAAACAGUCCACAUAAAUGUGAGUGUAAAUGAAUAAGGAAUUCUAAAUCCAUGUGGGAAUUAAUUUCAACAUUAGACUGAAGUUCUAGAAAUCACUUUUAGCUUGCAAAAUAAUUUGUCCAUGCCAAAUGCAUUCCUGAGUUAAAUCUACUAAUCCACUGGUUGGAUAUAAUUCACAUGUGAUGGUUUCAUUUAUGCGAGUACUUAAUCCAUUCUCUUGAAGUCUUGGAAAAGUAAUACCUUUUGGCAAAAUAGUGGUUCUUUAUAGGGACAGUGCCAAUUAAUUUAUGCAGUAUUAAAUAUGGCCUCAAGAAUACUAUUAAUAUUUAGAUCACAACCUUGAAUUAACCCUCCCACUUAUUCAACAUCAAGAAGUGGAUAGGCUAGGGUAGGCUAGACUUGCAAACUAGGCUAUAUUUGGACAGCAGUGUUUAAAUAAGCAUGCAGACCAAAUCUGGUCUUUCUGUUUGUUUUGGUAAAGAAGACAUUUAACACUAGGUGGCAGCAGUGCAUAUUGUUUGGGUUCUAGGAGCUAGGAGUCCAAAAUUCUCCCAUUAUAAUUGAAAUAUUAAGUACAUGAAAAAGGGGAAAAAAGGCAAACACGAUUCUUUGAACAUCUGUAAUAGAACAAUAUGGGUAGUCUUCUAAUUCCUUGUCAGUGAUUACAGGUUGGUCAAAUUUGUUUCAUGUUAGAAUUGGAUCAAUUUUGUCUAUUGUUUAAUAUAAUUAAAUCAUAGAAAUUAAAUUCUAAAAGGGCAAACACACAACAAAGUAACCAUAAAGGAAAAGUAUUUUCACAGUUUCCUUACUAUUGUUUUCAGACUCAAGAGCAGUCAUCAGCUGGUUCAUCAGAUGUGUUGUAUUGCACAUUGGGGGUGUUACAGAAUUGGAAGCAAUUGGUUCUUGUGCUUUGAAGACUAGUUACAUUUGUUCUGAGUGAGACAUGAUAUCCAGCUGUAAAUGUUUGUAACUUUAUGUGGAUUAGUGUCUCUCCUAAAAAAGUGCCUAUUUGUCCCUAAUGGUUCUGUUGUUGCUCUAACAGUAAGGCUGCUUACCGGCAAAACUGCCCCGGUUUCUAAUGUUGCAAUUUGUGACUGUUAAUUAAGGAGUCAUUGUAAUAUGUUCAUGGUUAUGUUUUCAAAUGCAUUUGGAGUACAGAUUUCAGAUAUAUUUUGAGUACAGAUUUCAGUGUAUUUCAGUUCAGUCUUAUGGGCAAGUACAUCAUCUCAUACGUGCUGCUGUUUUUACAGUGAGGUGUGAUAAUUGGGGCUCUCACCAUUUUUUCUCGGCACGUUUGUUUCAGUCCCUGGGCUCUCACAUUCAUUGCUUUUGCUCCACUGGGCUUUAGGUGUGGAAAAAAGAAACAAAAGACACCUUGUUGUUGCUUGGAUCAAAGCAAACAAUCUGAUAUUGAUUUAAUAAAGCUUUCUAUGUA